AUGUUGUGCUCGCGGUCUGCAGCUCACGCUGGAAGGGGCGACUACAUGUCAUGCAUUAAGUCCAGCUAUCGAUACUAUGCCACGGAUGGAGCAAUUUUCGUCACCUCGUCGAGGGCUUCAUCCAGGGCCUUCCCUACAAGCGCGCCGAUGGAAUAUGGGAUUCCCAAUGCUGAUGCAGUUCCCUUUGCUAACAACGAGACUGACUAUAUCGACGAGCUUCCUCUCCCUCCCGAAGCCCCAGUGGAGCCGGUGACCUCUGGUACCUUCAACUGUUCAGAGACGUGUAUUCGAGAUUGGUCUGCGACUCCGAUCCCAGAGACAAACACAAAAUUGGUCGUAGUAGAUCCAGUCUGCCCCUGUGCUCCGAAUGAUGUGGACUGGCAUUUGAGUCCCUCCCUUGCUAUCGAUGUUUUUAUUUUUCAGCUAAAGAUAUUACUCUAUGUGAAGAUCUGCAGAAUCCAAGAUAUCGGCGACCUGUUACGACGUGCACGCCUUCCUAGUUUCUUCGUGGACCUUGACUUUGUCUUUCAGUUUAUCCGGUUCCUCUGA